GUAAUUUUGGGUUAGUUUCAGAUUUUUGUUGAUAGGUUUGGUCAAAUUUUGGAGGUCCUACCAAAAAUGCUUCCCCAUGGUCCACUAUUCUAGUUUUGCGAAUCGGAUCUCACUUUCAUCGAUCAUCACACGGCCGGUCGUCUCCGACUUUCACCCAAACGCAACUGGUCAACAAUUCUCUCUCGUCUCUACUCUCUCAAUCUCCAUCAACGAUUCUCUUCUCUCGUGUCUCCUCUCUUCUAUCCAACACCUCAAGUACCGUUUAUACCACCUGCCACCGGAUACACCAAGUAUACAUUCAAUGGCAUCUUCUUCAACUUCAUCAAUUCACAAGAGCUUUAAAACAACUGAGCAUACUGCGUACCCCGUCUUCUAUGAUGUGGAACCUUCCGAAGUCCGCAAACAAAGUGGGGCAGUUGAAGAAGCCUUUGCCAAACAUGAAAAGGAAGAGUCUGCUGGGAAAUGGAGAGAGGCUCUGAAUGAAGCAGCGGAUCUGGCCGGGUGGGAGUUGAAGAAUACUGCUAAUGGGCAUGAAGCUAAGUUCAUUCAAAAAAUCGUUGAAGAGCUUUCACUAGAGCUACAUUCCAUUAGUUUCAACAUUGAUAAAAAGUUGGUAGGAAUGGAGUCCAGGAUGAAGGAAGUUGUUUCAUCUUUAAGAACUGGUUUUGAUGAUGUUUUCAUGAUGGGUAUUAAGGGGAUGGGAGGUGCUGGGAAGACAACUUUGGCUAGAGCUGUUUUCGAUCAAAUAUCCUUUCAGUUCGAAGGUAAAAGCUUUGUUGAAAAUGUAAGGGAAGUUUCAACUGCUUCUUUUUCCGGUUUGAAGUCAUUGCAAAAUCAAAUCCUUUCAGAUGUCUUAAAUGAUAAAGGCAUCAAUGUAAACAGUGUUCAUGAUGGGAAACACGUGAUAAAGAGGAUGAUGCCUAAUAGGAAGGUUCUUCUUGUUCUAGAUGAUGUGGACCAUAUAGACCAACUUGAGGCAUUAGCGGGCGAGCCCAAUUGGUUUAAGCCGGGAAGUAGAAUUAUUAUUACAACAAGAGAUGAGCAAGUGCUAUUAGCACACCGAGUGAAUGUGAUUCGUGAUGUCAAUCUCUUAUCUUUUAAUGAAGCAAUUUGCCUCUUCAGUAGGUAUGCAUUUGGUAAAGAGAUCCCAGUUCAUGGUUACAAUGAGCUAUCUCGACAAGUUGUAUGUUAUACUGCUGGUCUUCCCUUAACGAUUAGAGUUUUGGGUUCGUUUCUCUGUGGUAAAAAUGAGCUUGAAUGGAUAGAUGCCCUAGAAAGACUAAAAACGAUUCCGGAAACAGAAACUUUGAAAAAAUUGGAAAUAAGUUAUAUUGCUCUAGAGGAAGAUUACAAGGAAAUAUUUCUAGAUGUUGCAUGCAUCUUGAAAGGUUGGCGGAAAGACUUGGCAAUCAAAGUGCUUGAGAGCUGUGGAUUUCAUGCUAGAAAUGGUUUAAGAGUUCUUGAGCAAAAAUCUCUCAUAUUUUUCGAUGAUAAGCGUGUGAAAAUGCAUGACCAUAUUGUAGAAAUGGGCAAGAAUAUUGUUCGUCGUGGGCACCCAAAUAAGCCUCACAAACAUAGCCGUUUGUGGAUUGAAGACGAAAUUCAGGAGAUAUUGGCUAAUGAUUUGGGUACUAAAGCAACAAGAUGUAUACUAAUCCACCAUACAAAGCUCGAUCCGCAUAUUCUUAUUAAAGGUCUUUUACCCACAACAUUUCAAGCAAAUAAUCUUGUGGCACUUGAGAUGGUAGACAGCAGAAUUGUACAACUUCGGGAAGGGGGAGAAAACAAGGUUCUUAACAAGUUGAGAUUCCUUGACCUCAGUUAUUCGCAACGGCUGAAUACCCUUGACAUUGGGCUUACUCCAAAUCUCGAGACCUUGAAUCUUCGACACUGUUAUAAUUUGGUAGAAAUUCACAUGUCGGGUGGAUGUUUAAAGCUCAUAUCCAUCGACCUUACUAAUUCAUCAAGGUUGAGGACUCUUGACCUUGGGCUUGCUCCGAAUCUCGAGACAUUAAUUCUUACUGAAUGCCGUGAUUUAGUAGAACUUCACAUGCCGAGUCGAUGUCUAUAUCUCAGAUCCCUACAACUCACUAAUUCAAAGUUGAGGACCCUUGACAUUGGGUCGACUCCAAAUCUCGAGAAUUUAAAACUUGGAUAUUGUUAUUAUUUGGAAGAACUUCACAUGGCCGAUGAAUGCCAAAAGCUGGAAAACCUCGACAUUAGUUAUUCAAAGUUAAGGAGCCUUAACCUUGGGCUUAGUCCAAAUCUCAGGAAUUUAGAUCUCAACGGAUGCUAUAAUUUGGUAGAACUUCAUACUCCCAUUGGAUGUCUAAAAAAGCUUGCCCAUUUGCACCUAAGUGGUUGUUUGGGGUUUAGAUCCUUUCAGUUUAAUUUAAACCAUUAUACUUCUAGUAGGGUGGAUGAGUCACUUGAAGUUGGUCCUUUAGCCGAGUUAGACUUGAUUGUGGAGUCCGUAGAAAGAUGCCCACUUCACCCUGACAAUAGCUUGCCAAAGUUUCUCUUUGGUUUAGUUUAUACGGAAGAUCGGCUCUCAUUGAUUAGAAAUCUUGAGAUUCUUAUUUCUGUAGGUAUGUGUGCUUGCACAAACCUUGAAACGUUUUCAGGAAGGAUUUGUGGGUUACGGCGUUUAAGAAAUCUUAAACUGGAAGGUAGUAUUCUAGAGGUUCCCAAGGACCUGGGUCAGUUAGAAUGUCUUGAGGAGCUAAUUUUGUGGCGUACAGAUAUUAAGCAUCUUCCAAAUAGCAUUUGUAUGUUGAAACAUCUGAAAUCUCUCAAACUUAUAUCCUGUUUGCUUCUUGAGAAGUUACCCAAGGAUCUCGGCCGGUUAGAAUGUUUAGAAGACCUAACUUUGUUUUCUUUAGGGAUUAAACGUCUUUCUGAAAGCAUUUGUAUGCUGAAAGGUCUGAAGGCUCUCAAAAUUACACAAUGUAGGCUUCUUGAGAAGUUACCCGAGGAUCUUGGCCGAUUAGAAUGUUUAGAGAAGCUAGAUUUGUCAUAUACCACGAUUAAACAACUUCCGGGUAGCAUUUGCAUGUUGAAACAUCUGAAAUUUCUCGAACUUAUGUAUUGUUGGUUGCUUGAGAAGUUACCUGAUGAUCUUGGCCGAUUAGAAUGUUUAGAGAAGCUAAGCCUCAGAGGGUGUAAACUUUUACAAGAUAUCCCGAAUAGCAUCUGUAUGAUGAAAUGUUUAAAAGUGUUAGAUAUAAAAGUUACAAGCAUAAGUCAUCUUCCACAGAGCAUUCUUUUGUUAAAAGAAGCUUGGAAGACCUGGAAAAGCCAAUUCACAAAAAACUAUUGUAAUAGGGUUAUGGCAGAGCAAAUUUCUCAGAAACCUCUGCUAUUGCUCGCACAGGGGAUGGGAAUGCUAUGGUUGCACCUGCAGGCCUUCCUCUUGAGGAUCUUGAGUUUGUACAAUUUCAUCCCACUGGUAUAUAUGGUGCUGGGUGCCUCAUUACUGAAGUGUCUCGUGGUGAAUAUUGGGGUAUUUUAA